GCCGUUGAUACUUAAACCCCCCCACUUCCCUCUUCUCUUCGUCAACACAUUUUCUCCCCUCCCCUCCCAUACUGAAAUGCUUUAUUGACCAUUCAUUUCAUCUUAACCUAACAACAUACCCAAUUUACUCUCUUUUACUUUUACCUCCCCACUCUCUUAGUUCUCAAUCCCAUCCUCACUUUUCAUAAUCAUCACCUUGACUAGCCAUGUCUGGUGAAGGAAAGAUGGAGCUCGAGGAGCUCAAGCAAUAUCCCACAGCUGUCGAUGCUGCCAUCGCAGAGACCGUUACUACCAACAACCUCGCUGCCCCUAUCACUAGCACCUCUGCUGCUGUUGCUGCUACUGCUGCUACAACAUCGGAGAAACAUUCCGGAAGUGUCGUAGAGACCUCCGCAUCCACUGUUGCCUCGGACAAAGGCAUCGUCGACACUCUUCCAAACAACAAAGGCAAAAAGAACAAGAAGGGUAAGGGUAAAGAUGAUGAAGCAGAAGGAAAGGAUCCUGCUCCAGCUGAACCCAAGAAAACUGUCAGUUACUUUUCCCUCUACCGAUUUGCCUCCAACCGGGACCUGUUUUAUAUCACUGUUGCUAUCAUCGCAUCGAUAGCUUCUGGCGUGGGUCAGCCACUGGUUGCUCUGCUCCUAGGAAACAUCGUCUCAGACUUGGCCUAUUCUGAAAAUAAAGAAGAGGAUGUCUUGAAAAAUGUGGUUAUUUUCGCUAUCAUCGGUGCUGCUGUCUUUGUUGCUGCUUUCUAGCGGACAAGGAAAUCUGUAGCUUAAAGGCAUUUGUACUAACCUGAUAUCCUCAAUUUCUCUGUCGCCUUGCUGCAUUAAUAGUACCUUCAAAUGUGCUUCUGGACCUUGGCAGCAGAGAACCAGGUUAAACGAAUCCGUGAAAAAUACCUUCAUGCGAUCUUACGUCAGGACAUUGGAUGGCACGAUACUGGAAAGCAAUCCGAGUCGCUCACUACUCGCCUCAACUCGGACACCCA